CUUUCCUCCAUAUUGGAUUGAUUUGCGAUUUGUACACGUAGAAAAAGUUACCUUUAUAGAGCGAAAUUCACAUCAUAUACUAGAGACUGGUCGCAUGUAUUAAUGAAUUUUGGCAAUAUGCCGUCGAUGUCAGCAACUGGGGCCAAUAGCGUGCCGCUUGGGAAACCAAAUCCUGCAAUUUCCUCCGGCGGAAGAAUGUCGAACGAGUCCAUGCUGAAUGCAGCCAGGGAAGCGGCUAUGAGAAUAGCUGAAAAACGACGAGGUUUCUCUGCCUCGACCUCUGCUGCCGACCACCCACUUGUAGGGGGAGCAGGACCCACGAAAAAGAAGAAAAGGAGUCGAUGGGAACCACAGGUCUCUGCAGAAACAACACCAGUUGCAAGUGUUUCUAUUGUUCUGCCACCAAAUUUAACUGCAGAUCAAGAAAAACAGUUUCUUUUGCACUUGCAAAUAGACGAGCAAAGUCGCCGACUGCGGACAGGUGAUCUGGGUAUUCCACCUAAUCCAGAGGAUAGAUCCCCUUCUCCAGAACCUAUUUAUAACAGCGAAGGUAAGCGGUUGAAUACCAGAGAGUAUCGUACACGUAAAAAGAUUGAAGAAGAGCGUCAUAAACUGAUCCAAGAGGCGCUUGUGUUAAACCCAGAAUACAAGCCACCUGCUGAUUAUAAACCUCCUGUUCAGAGGGUUAGUGACAGGGUAACAAUACCUCAAGAUAAGCAUCCAGACAUUAAUUUUGUCGGCCUUCUAAUAGGCCCUAGAGGAAACACUUUAAAAAAAAUGGAAAAAGAAACAGGGGCCAAAAUCAUGAUUCGUGGAAAAGGUUCUGUGAAGGAAGGCAAGAUUGGACGCAAGGAUGGACAACCAUUGCCCGGAGAGGAUGAACCAUUACAUGCCUUAGUGACUGCGAAUAAUGCUGAAAGUGUCAAGAAGGCAGUCGAUCAGAUCAAUGAAAUUAUCAAACAGGGAAUAGAGACGCCUGAAGGCCAGAAUGAUCUGCGCCGCAUGCAACUACGGGAACUUGCCAAACUGAACGGCACUCUGCGAGAGGACGACAUGAUAAGGUGCACCAAUUGUGGAGCAAGUAGUCAUCGUACAUGGCAAUGUCCUGAAAGACAAAAUAUUACCAAUACUGUUGUGUGUACGCAGUGUGGAGGAACUGGUCAUAUUGCAGCUGAUUGUCGACAGAAACGAGAAGGUGGAGGUGGUUUUGGGCCACAGAGUACUGUAGACAAAGCUAAAAUGGACAGCGAGUAUAUGUCGCUGAUGGCUGAGUUGGGUGAAGGACCACCACCUCCCGCUACAUCAUCUGCACCUCCACCUCAACCAGCAUCUGGACCCAGACCACUCUUAUCAACACCAGUCAAUCCACCACCACCAUUGGUAAGGAAUCGUUCAUUCACCAUGGGUCAGAAUGCUCAUACACCACCGUGGGCAAACAAAGAGAAACACCAACAUCAUCACCAGCACCAGCACCAUGGGAGGAUGGAUAACAAACCACCCAGCUUGCUUGGAUCUUCACCAAACCAACAACAUCCUCCAAGUCUAAUGUCACAGCAAGUCCAGCCCCUCUCGUCUUUACCUCCACCACCUCCACCAGCUAGUAGUGGCAACCAGCAGUGGAAUCAGCUUCCGCCAGCACCGCCAGGCUCUCAAGCUCCUCCAUUACCACCUCCAUCUUUGCUGUUUGCGCCGCCCCCACCACCCCCAACAAGUGAACCACCGCCACCACCACAAUCGUCAAGUUCACAGUGGCAAUCCCAACCAAGCAGUGCUCCUAUGUUGGUUACAACACAUUCUGGAGCACCGCCAUGGCAUCAACAUCAAAUACAAGGUAAUGCCCCGCCAUUGAUGUCUACAAAUUUUGCACCACCAUGGCAUCAGUUCUCAGGUACAGAGGUUCCAUAUGGUUCUUCACCAACAUCAAAUGCAAUGCCUCCACCACCGUGGCAAUUACAGGCAGCCCCACCACCACCACCAUGGCAGCAACCACCCCCACCACCUGUCCCACAACCUCCUACAAUGAUGCCUCCAGGGAUGCCACCACCACCAGCGUCACAACCACCUCUUCCCCCAGGACCACCACCACCACCCCCAGUACCUAUGAUGCCAUAUGGGCAACCUCCUCCCCCACCUCCUCCUAUGGAUUCAUCACCACAGGGUAUGGGUGCUGUUCCACCACUCCUACCCCCUGCUCCACCACCACCCCCACCAAACUAAAUUAGAACAAAUGAAAUAACUAAAUAAGAUUGUAAUUUCACCUGAACACAAUUGCACACCUUGCACAAAAUUUUAAACAGGUCUUUGAAUGUUUUAUGCCGUUGAAUUUUCUUCACCAAUGUGUAGACUAUCACAUCACUGAAUGUGAAAGCUGUUAUUCAGUGGAACUCCUGCCAGGACACAGAAAUCUACGAUUAAUACAAUUUUUGAUAAAUUUAUUUCCCCCCUAGUCAAUAUUGUUCAAUUUCUGUGGAUUUGAUCAAACUUGUUAAUUUCCAACCAAGGUUAUUUAUCAGUCCUGGCGGCAUAGCAAGUCUUGCUUACAUUAUUUUUAUUGCAUCAAUUCAGAAUAUUGGAAUAUAAGCAGAAGUCUUCGUAUAUUUUCUAAAAUACAAGGAAUAUAGAAGAAACAAAUUAUACAAAAAAUAAAAAGAUAGACUCAGGACUUUGUAUGAACAUUUCUGAAUAUUUAUCAUGGCUUAACAGAUUAAUAUUUGUAUCAUUAUGAAGACAAACUAGAAAGUGUGUUUUAACUGUUCCAGAUGAGUUUAUUCACUGCCUUCGUUUCAAUCUUGAUACUUACAAACCUCAUUGCAAUAGUCAUUGAGCCAUUUCUACAAUUUCAUGAAUUUCAAAUUUAUACUUAGUACCGGCAAUUUUAUGUUACGUUUAUACUUUUUUUAAUUAUAUAUAUCCCCUCUUAAUAGAAUAAGGAUUUUAGAAUUAUCAAAUUGAAUCUCCUCGGUGGUAGAAAGGAAAAGUUUUUGACUUGAAAAACUAUUUAAUUUUGUUCGCUACUACCGUAAAAUCUGUAUUAGAAGUCGCAUCCCUAAUAAAAGCCACACCCAUUUUUUUGAACAAUUGAGAACCAAAAAUUCACCGUUUCUCGUAUAUGUAAAUGGUCUAAUAGAAGGCACAUUCCCUCUUUUCCAUUUUAAUAGAUGUCUCAAUUUCUAAUACAGAUUUUGCAUUACCCAUAUUACCCGGUAGUGUGUACUUGAAGCCUUUCACCGCUAUUGUCUAUUUUGGGUACUCAACACAGAAUUUUUUUUUUUCAAAACUGAUUUUCACAAAAAAAUGUAAUUGAAAUAUGACAUUGGAUCAAAAGCAACAUAUUUUAGGGAAUAAAUUAGAAACCUUUCUUGUAAGCAAAAAAUUUAAAGUGUCUGAAACCUUCAAUGUUUAAGUGAAGAAUUGCACCUUGAUAUGGUAGUUUAUCUUGUUGACUUAUCUUGUGAUAGAACUACUAGAUACAAUAAAUCAGCUGACUGUUUCCCAUGUUCGUUAUUUUUUUUAGGUUUACUGUAAAUAUUUUAUCAGUUUUCUUUAUCAAAUCAGUCUUGUUAAAAGGGGCACUUUUAUGUAACUUACUUUGGUUGUUGUAUAAUAAAUGUGUGGAGUUAAAUACAGUGUCGAUACAAGUCCCUUAUACUGUACUUUAUUUUCCCUGUAGCAAUGUAUCAGUGAAAAUAAAAUCCAUUAUAAAAAAAAAAAAAA